AUGCGAUCAUUUGCAGAGUCUGCCCUUGUGCAGUGCGCGCACCAAAAAAGAAGCUGGCCUGCCGAUGGAUGCCCCACGGGAGUUUCUUAUCUCCCGCUGGGCCGCAUCGCCCUGGGGCGCCUCAGGAAGGUCCGCGUCGAGGAAGGAUGUGUCACUAGAUUUCUCAUAGCAGGUUCCUCACUGCACGAGCCCACUGUUCGCGCAGCACCCGCAUGCAUCGAUUCUGGCCCAAGCUUCAGCGACUCAUCGCGAGCCACCCACGAACUUGCAGCAGUCUGCCACCGUUUUGGGGCGGACUUCAGCGACUGGCCGAGCGCCAUACAUUUACGGGCAUUUGCCACAUACUACGCUACGCAGCCCUUCUCACAGCCUGCCAUGGCGCGUCUGGCGUUGCUAUUCUCAUGCGUGUGGACGUCCGCGAUCCAGUGCUGCGCUGUCACGCCGGCGCAGUGGGAGCCGCCGACGACAGGAACGCACCGUAUGGCCGCCAACGCCACGAGAACAUCGUACAGCCUCGUUGCCUGCUACGAGUCCCUGGGUGCCUCCCGGCCGCUCUCCGAGAUGUACUGGUCCUGCUCGAUCUCCGAGUGCAUGAAUUGGGCCUCGGGCUACACGUACUUCGGCUUCGGCUGCCCUGUGGGGAACUGCUUCGAGUGCAGGCGCGGCAACAGCAUCGGUGCCCCGUCUGCAGUCCUGGGGUGCCAGGAGUGCGGGGGACAGGCGACUGUCGUGAACCACUGCACAGGUACAGCCGUUGUUAAUUACAACGGUGUCGAUUGGCUGAUGGGAGGCUGGCACCGGGAGCCGGUUUACACGCAGGGGGCUCCAGGUUCGCAGGCAGUGUUUUGUCCCGCAGUGAUGCCAACCGCCACGCCUACGCCUGAUCCAACGCCCUCGCCGACGUCCAGCCCUACGCUCACUACGCCUGAUCCAACGCCCUCGCCGACGUCCAGCCCUACGCCCAGCCCCACGGCCGCAACACCGAGCAUGGGCGGAGUUUCCACGGGGUCCAUCUCUGCAGUGGGCGAUCCACACUUGCAGAAUGUCUACGGCCAGCGGUUCGACUUGAUGAGGCCCGGCAGGCAUGUUUUGAUCAACAUCUGA